UUGAAGACGACGGAGAAGAAGCCGUACCGCGGUGUGAUGACGUGCCAUGUUGUAGAACAUCAUUAGCAUCGCCACCAUCAUUGCGCACUGAGGUGCGCGAGGCGCUGGCGUUCUAAAUCCCCGCUGACGUACGUGCGCGUCUGGCGGUCUUCUCGGGCAGAGACUGCGCCUGGUGAGCGAUCCUCAGCUGGCUGCUGCGGAGUGGAGUUCGAGCGGCAUCGCUCGCAGGAAGAGCCGCCGCCUCGCAAGCCGCGAACCGUAAGAAGCUACCACGAAGAUGGCGUGCGCUACGCUGAAGAGAUCGAGCAGCUGCGACCCGCUGAGCCCCAACGGAAACUCAGCAAAGCGACGAAGGUUCUGCCUGUCGACGUCGUCAGUCACUACGCCACAUACGCCACGCCAUGCCCUCCAAGCCAGGCCGCACCAGGUACGCUCUUCACCAUUCGUCGACGCGACGCCGAAGAUGACGUCCGAAGAGAUCGAGGCCAACGUCCACGAUGAGAUGUUGCGUCUUCAGCGACGCAGGCAGCUGUGCUUCCAGGAAGGAUCGCCAGACUACGCCUGUCCGGCCGUGCUCGAUACGUGGCCGCCGCAGGGUGCAAAGGCUGACCAGCCUAUCUUCACGUUCCGCCAGGUGGGCCUGAUCGUCGAGCGCAUGGUAGGCGAACGAGAGAAGCAGCUACGCGAGGUAUACGAUAGCGUGCUGUCCGCCAAGCUGGCCGAACAGUACACGCUUUUGUCAAGUUUACGCACUACCAGAUUCAGAGCGCUACGACAGUGUUACGCCUAGCUACUUGUCCUAGCGAGUCGACCGGCACCAUGGCGUAAGAUGGAUCAAACGGCAGCGACGUUAUGUGGGGCGUGGAGAAACUUGCUUCUUUGGCCUCGGCAACCGAGGCAACGGCGGUCUACGCUGAGCAAGCGGUUCAUCGUCACUUCGG